GGAGGGAACGGAGCGUGGAAGUUCCGUCGGUGUUGAUUCGGUUUGUUCGGAUUCCUUUUCAGUUUGUAAAAUCGCCUCGAACGCUUUGGAACGCGCGCGCGAAGAGAUCGGACGGCCAACUCCCCGGAAAGAAAGAAAAACAGAGGAAGGAGGCGCCCCCCGCGAAAAGAAAUCGAGUGUAGUUUAGUAGUGAACUAGUCCUCAGUUUAGUUCUCCCCUUUUAACCGAAACCCAACUUCAAAUCCAGCGUUUUCCCGAGUUUUCCCGUGUCCAGAGCCAACAGCCAAGAGCCCAGAGUCCCAGCAUCGGAACUAUGUUUAUGGGCAGAGCGCAGCGAGGCCGCAGGAUGAGAGAAUAGCACCAUGGUGUACAAUCCAGCCCCAACCUAUGGGAGUCCGAGGGCUUGAGACCUGAUCCCCACUGGGUGCCGAAGACUGGACCGGAGGGAGCGAGAGGAGAGUGAGGUGCCUGGGAAGAAAGGCACGCAGAACUGAAUAAAUCGUGGAAAAGGACAACGAAAAGCAUCAGGUUUGCCAGUAACACUCAAAUCAACACAAUCCCAAGAAGAGCAGACUAAAAUAUUAUCCAAGCCCACACAAAAACCCAUCAACACAACCAAUUCAAAAAUAUUCGCUGGAAAAGCCCCCAAAGAAAUACCACAAGAAAUAGAAACCUACACAGAAAAUCGUUUAUUUCAAAACAAUAUUAAAUUCCUAACAAACAAAAGUUUAUGGAAUAUUUAUUAAAUACCAUUUAAUUUAUGUUCAAUAGCACUUAAAAACACAAAAACAAACAAGACCGCAGGCUGCACACAUUUUUCAACAAUUUGUAUAUCAUUGAAUGGCCACGUUAUAAUUUAAAUGAUUGAGUUUUGAGUUCUUAUCUGGGAAAAUGACCUACAUACCUAAAAAAAUGCAACAUUAUGCGCACGCAGCCAUGAAUCUGAUCAAUAUGGACUCCGAGAACCGGGUGGUGCUCAAUGUGGGUGGCAUCAGGCACGAGACCUACAAGGCCACGCUGAAGAAGAUUCCGGCGACGCGACUGUCCCGGCUGACAGAGGCCCUGGCCAACUACGAUCCGAUACUGAACGAGUACUUCUUUGAUCGGCAUCCGGGCGUCUUCGCACAAGUGCUCAACUAUUACAGAACCGGUAAGCUUCACUAUCCCACGGACGUGUGCGGACCGCUGUUCGAGGAGGAGCUGGAGUUUUGGGGCCUAGACUCGAACCAAGUGGAGCCCUGCUGUUGGAUGACCUACACACAGCAUCGCGACACCCAGGAAACCCUUGCCGUGUUGGAUCGACUCGAUCUGGAUACGGAGAAACCGUCCGAGGAGGAAUUGGCACGUAAAUUCGGCUUCGAAGAGGACUACUACAAAGGCACCACAUCCUGGUGGCAGGAGAUGAAGCCGCGCAUUUGGUCCUUGUUCGACGAGCCCUACAGUUCCAAUGCCGCGAAGACCAUUGGCGUGGUUUCGGUGUUCUUCAUCUGCAUCUCGAUCCUGUCGUUCUGCCUGAAGACCCAUCCUGAUAUGCGGGUGCCCAUCGUGAGGAACAUCACUGUGAAAACCGCGAAUGGCAGCAACGGAUGGUUUCUGGAGAAGACACAGACCAACGCGCACAUAGCCUUCUUCUAUAUCGAAUGCGUAUGCAAUGCCUGGUUCACCUUUGAAAUAUUGGUGCGCUUUAUCUCAUCGCCGAACAAGUGCGAGUUCAUCAAGUCAUCUGUUAACAUCAUAGACUACAUAGCGACGCUUAGUUUUUAUAUCGAUCUAGUGCUUCAGCGGUUCGCAUCGCACCUGGAGAACGCUGACAUCCUCGAGUUCUUCUCGAUCAUCCGCAUCAUGCGGCUGUUCAAGCUGACGCGCCACUCGUCCGGCCUGAAGAUCCUCAUCCAGACGUUCCGGGCCUCGGCCAAGGAGCUGACCCUGCUGGUGUUCUUCCUCGUCCUGGGCAUCGUGAUCUUCGCCAGCCUCGUCUACUACGCGGAGCGCAUCCAGCCGAACCCGCACAACGACUUCAACAGCAUCCCCCUGGGGCUCUGGUGGGCCCUCGUCACCAUGACCACCGUCGGCUACGGCGACAUGGCCCCCAAGACCUACAUCGGCAUGUUCGUGGGCGCCCUCUGCGCCCUCGCCGGCGUCCUAACCAUCGCACUGCCAGUGCCCGUCAUCGUCAGCAACUUCGCCAUGUACUACUCGCACACGCAGGCCCGGGCCAAACUGCCAAAGAAGCGGAGACGAGUGCUUCCCGUCGAGCAGCCGCGACAGCCCCGACUGCCAGGUGCCCCUGGCGGCGUCAGUGGCUGUGGCACCCCGGGAUCUGGUCCCCAUUCGGGGCCCAUGGGAUCCGGCGGAACUGGACCCCGUCGCAUGAACAAUAAAACGAAGGACCUGGUCAGCCCCAAGUCAGUUGCUCAACUUUUCGCAGGUCCGCUGGGCGCUAGUAUUGUGGCCAUGAGUCCCAGGACAAUGCUGGACCUGAAUCCCGCCCUCGCGAUGGGCAAGCCCUCGUUCCAGCCCAGGGUUCCCACGCCCCUGGCGGCCACGCCCCCUCCCAGCUUGGAGGUGGGAUCAGCCGGCGCCACUGGAGCCACCAGCACCGCCGCACCACCUCCGCCAGCGGCGCCGCCCAGCAUUGCGGUGUCCACCACCGCGAGCGUGGGCAAGGACUCGGGCGUCGCCACCACCACCACCACCACCUCGGCGCACCAGCAGUCGGAGAUCAGCAAGAAGGCCUUCCUCUAGGAACGGCAGCCAAGACUCAGCCACCUGAUGUCCCCCACAUCGCCCAUAUCCCCAUAAGCAAUAUCUACUCGAUAUCGAUAUCCUAGCCACACCUAUCGUUGAUCAGAGAUCGUCUUUGUUUGAACCAUAUCUGCAGAACCUGGAGUUCGAAAUGAAUAUUAUAUAUUCCCCCGAGAGAGCACAGGAGACCAGCCUCGAAUCAAAUAUCAAUUGUGAUGCUACUUACUAUUCAAGACGUUGUUUGGUUUUAAAGGUUUUACUCAAUUACCAACUAACGAUUAGUUAUCUAUAUAAAAGGCUAGAACCAAAGCAAUAACCUCAUCAUGUAUUUUAUCUUUACUUAUAAUGCGACUAACAUUUUAAAACCAAUCCCUCUCUGAUCGAUCGCAAUACUUGGACUCGCAACUUGAGUUGACCAUAUCACGACAUACCUAUCAAUAUCGAGCCUAACAUAACCUUAGCUAAAUAUAGAUAAUCCAAUUGCUUGACGACUACACUUAACCAUCGAGAGCUAACCAAGCCAGCUAACCAAGUUUUUAACCAAACCAAGUGUUUUACCGAACGCAAGCUUACUAACGAUCCAUUUUCCACACAAACCAUAGAAGUUAGUGCGACGAGGAGUGUAUAUAAACCUAGAUGCUUUGUAACUCGGUUUGCCAGUUCCUUAUGCGUUGUGUAAAGACUCGACGUCCCCAGUUCUCGUGGGGCAGGUCGGCCUGAAAGCUUUAAUUUGAUAUACUCGUGUAUUUAUAGAGGGAGACUCCAACUCAAACGCGGCCAGGGGAGAUUAAUUAAACAGAAGCCAAUCAAAAGUACACACACUCUUUUGAAAUUCAUUCAAGCCAGGCAAGUGUUGACUUCAACUUUUUCCCGAACUAAGAAUAGGAAAGGUGUUGAUUUUCUUCAACGUAAAACGCGAAAGUUUUCAGGGAAAAGUUGGAGCCCAAGAAAAACAAACGAAAUUUUCCAGCUGCUGGCACUUUACGCUCAUCACUCACUUAGACGCCGGGAUUAUCCUGUAAGCCAGGAUAGAACCGCCUCUUAUAUUUUCUAACUCGAAAGUUGGCCCACAUAUCAAGAAGCUGGGAAGCCCGAAGAAAAUUUUAAAUUUCUACCAGCCGAAAUGCAAAUUAUUUCUAUUAAAUUUUAUUUGCUACUCUGCUCCCCCUCUUGAGUAAAUGCAAAACAAACAAAGAAUCCAGAAGCGGCAGGGAAUUCCUUAAAGUUCCGUUCAGUUAACUUGGAUUUGGAUUUGCUGAAAAAGUUUACAAAUUGCUGUGGGGUUAAGUGGGUGGAUUCGGCCCGAAAGCCAACUGGCGUGGUUUAAAAACAAACAGGUUUGCAAAUUGUUUUCCCCGAUUCUCCUUUGAUUUAACUUGCGCAAGUCAUUAGCUAAUUCUCUUGUACAUUUUGAAUAUACUUAUCUCUCAGCAAGCAUUUGCCUACAUAUUUGUAAGAAUAAACAUGAUAAUUGCUAAGGAAAAACAAAGGAACAAAAACGCAAAGUAAUAGGAUGCAAAACUUAAGCAACAUUGAGAUCGAAGCUGGGCAACAAUUGAACGAAGUUUGCGAAACAUUUGUUAAGUUUUUACAAUGAACAAAGCAUUAAUAAUAACUAAAUUAAUAUUAAAUACUGCAAGCUAUAGGAAAUGGAUACAAACAAUUGUUUAUAUCGUUUUCGUUUUCUCGCUAUGAUUUCGAAAGAGUUUUUUAAUUGUAUAGUUAAGCAAAUUGUAUACUAUUUGAACUAAACAAAACAAAUUGUUCUCUCAAUAACUCAUGAACAAAGGAAGGUAAAGUAAUUAUAUAUACAUUUAUAUAUAUAUAAUUGAACAAGUAUAUAUAUAAAUUAAAAAAUAAAGAAAUGCAAUAAA